UAGGGCUAGCCCGCGAGCCUGGCGAGGUGUGGUGAUACACACAAUAUGGCGGUGUGAAUAUUUGUUGAUUGUGAGCGACUACCUAGAGAAAAUACGAGUGUUUUCCUCUUCAUUUAAUCCACGGUGCAUGUGCCUCGAAGAGUAUAAGUGGUGCAAGUUUUGGUGAAAAGUCAUCCUGUAUAAUGUGACCACGAGUUUUAGAAAAAAAUGUCACUCAUCUCUAAGGUCAAAGAUAUAAUAUUCAAGGGUGGCUCUUCAGCUAAAAAGAAAAAGCAUUUUCACAAUGUGCGACUGGACUCCCCAGAGGACUUCUGGGAUAUUAUUGGAGAGCUUGGAGAUGGAGCUUAUGGUAAAGUGUACAAAGCUCAGCACAAGGAAACAAAGCAGCUUGCAGCUCUCAAGCAAGUUGCUUUAGAGGAGGAAGAGGACCUGGAGACCUUCAUGAUAGAGAUUGAUAUUCUAUCUGAGUGCAAGCACAAGAAUGUUGUGGAACUGCUAGAAGCUUAUCACUAUGAUGGAAAACUUUGGAUGUACCUGGAAUACUGUGAUGGAGGGGCUAUGGAUUCGAUAAUGGCUGAGCUUUAUCGGCCACUCACUGAACCUCAGAUUGCUUAUGUUUGUAAAUAUCUUGUUGAAGCUCUUGCUUACAUUCAUGAACACAAGGUAAUACACCGGGACUUGAAAGCGGGUAAUGUUCUCCUAACCAUGGAUGGAGGAGUGAAGCUAGCUGAUUUUGGAGUCUCUGCCAAAAAUAAGAACACCUAUGACAAAAGAGGAACAUUCAUAGGAACUCCAUAUUGGCUAGCCCCUGAAGUCAUCUUGUGUGAAACUUUCAUUGAUGCCAAAUAUGAUUAUAAAGCUGAUGUGUGGUCACUGGGUAUAUCAUUAAUUGAAUUUGCCCAGAUGGAUCCUCCAAAUCACGAUGUAUCUCCUGUCCGUGUUAUACUCAAGAUUCAGAAAGCUGAUCCUCCUAGACUAGACUAUCCUUCCAAAUAUUCAAAGGAAUUUAAUGACUUCAUCAGCAAGUGCCUUGUGAAAGACCCAUCUCUCAGGCCAACAGCUCCAGAACUCCUCAAGCAUCCAUUCAUCAGCAGAGACCUUGACUCUAAGCCCAUCCGAGAUCUUCUACUGGAAUACAAGGCUGAAGUUGUUGAUGAGGAUGUAGAUGAAGAUGGAGAGGAUCAGCGCAUUUCCCGGAUUAGUGAAGAUGAGCCUAAUCAUGAGAGCCCCUUCCCUGGAGUUUCCAACACCAGUUGUAAGCUUCAGAAUGUUGAGAAUACUGUAAGAGAAGAAAAUAAACUAUCACAAGAAGAAGAAAAGAGUGAGAUAGUUGUGCCAGUAUCAGGUGAGGGGCGAAAAGGACUUGCUCCUCUUCCUCCAGUUAGCAGAACCUCACCCAUCUCUCCUGUUUCUAAUGCUUCUUCCACACCUUCAAAGAAGGGCCCUGCACCUGCUGUGCCAACUAGUACCACCCCCUCUAAGCCUAGAGCUCCCUCUCCUGUUGACUUAUUCCCUGAUAAUGCUGUAGGUGAGUGUGUAGUGAACACCCCUGUCACCGCUGAUAUAAAUACACAAAUGACCAGCACACCGUCAGGGAAGAAUCCAGCACCUGAGUCAGUUACUAUUAAUGAAAGUCUGGUGCUUAAUGAAGAGUCUUCAUUAUCACAUACAGUAGAUUAUCCAUACAAGCAAAAUAAUUCUUCCGUCCCACAUGAAAAAGAGUAUAAGGACCAUUCAAGUGUAUCUUGCACUCCUGAAAAUAAUGGAAACUCAACCUUGGAAGGAAUGGAUGUUGAUUUUAAGAAAAGUGAAGAGAAAGAAGACAGCAGUACUAGUAUAAAACCACCUUGCAAUGAUGAAGAUGCAGUGAAUGAAGUAAAAAUAGAUGUUACUGACACUAUGAAUGAUAGAAAAGCUGAAUCAGGUGUGAGGAAAGAAAAACUUGUACAAGAAGCAUUAUCAUUGUCUUCAAAUGAAAAAACUGAGGAAUUUGAACAUGAUGAAUCAAUAAGUUCAAAUGGAAAAAUAGAUACAACUCAAAGAAGAGAAGUGGAUGCUGUAACCUCUGAUGUUCAUAUCCAUCAAUUUCCUUCAGUGUCUCAUGGAUCUGAUUUAUUAUCUUCCACUUCCUGUUCACCAUCCACUUUCUCAGGAGAUGAAAGCUAUAGUGAACAGAUUUCACAGAAAAAACCUGUGGUUUCAUGUGCAGUCUUGACUCCAGGUUCCCCUGAUGCAGUUAUUGCUUCCAUAGGCACUGAUGCUACAGUAAUUGUCCGCACUCCUACCCCAACUCCUGAGGAGCCACCAGAAUCUCAAUCAUCAGUGGAAAAAGAUAGCAUUGUCACAUAUUCUGGUCCUGCCAUUGUUGAAAAGGAUGCAAAAGAAGAAGAGGAUGUAAUGUCACCUCAACAUGACCUGAAUUCCAAAUUGAAUCAAUCCUCUGGCCCAUUUCUAUCUAUGUCUGAAGCAGAAAAACAGGCAGUGUCUUGUUUGGAUUCUGCCAUUGAAAGUGUUGAGAAUGUAACAUCCACCAAAUUUUCUCCAAACUAUGAAAAAGAUUCAACUGUUACUCUAAGUGGCUCGUCAGUCAUUUUGUCUCCAGAUGAAAUGAGAGAUGACAGUGUAAUUGCAACAGAUGAUGAUGUCUCAGAUUCAACAUCUAAAGACAUUAAUCCUGAGGUCAUCAUGGAAGUUCAGGUUCCUCCCACUGAUGGCCAUAAGUUAGAUGAAAGUGAAGUUGUGAUCUGCAAUUCUUCUAUACUUCAUCAGGGCCAGCAGUCUGAAUCUCAUUCUUCUGAGUCUCGAUAUGAGGUCACAGUUGAGGAACAUCAGAAAAGUGACGUUAUUCAUCCUAUGUCAUCUGGAAAUGACACCACUCAUAUAUCUGUAGUGUCAGUGGAUAAUCUAGAUGACCCAAGUGCUAGUAACAAAGAAACUGUAUUAUCUACUGAAACACUGUCAACACUUGCACUUGAUCAGAAGAGUCCUGUUAAGAAAUCUUCUGUUCACACUGAGACAGAUCAACAGGGACAUCUAGAGACUUCAUCCAAUAUCUCCAACAUAUCAAAUCUCAGUGGAGGAACUACCUCAACUGGACAUUCUAUGAGUUCAGCAGAGGAAGAAAAUAGACCUGCUGUGUCCCUUCACAUUGAGGGUACAACUGUUGGUGCAACAGAUGUGGAUGAUGAUGAUGUAUUCAGUAAUUCAGAGCAGGAUUCUAAGAAAGCAAAGGGCAGCUCUUGCAACAAGCCUGCACUUGUAAGAGAGCUAACAAUCGACAGUGCAGUUUCUGUUGAAUCAGGUGUUUCAAUAGGCUCAGCAGUAUCAUCACCAACACAACAUAUUGACCACUCUCAGCAGAACACCCCAGUUCCCUGCUCCCCAGAAACAAAGAUUCUCCCUAACGGUAUUGGGAAAGAUUCUCAGAGGACAUCAGAAAAAUCUGACUGGGAUACUGAAAGCACAACUAGUUCAGAAAAGGAGAAUAGACUCAGAGAAAAGGAUGAUGAAAGUCUUGAUGAAGUAGUCCUGAGAAGGUCCCAGAGAAGUAACUCCUCCGACAUUCCUUCUUCCAUAGACAAAAACAAAGAAAACAGAAACACAAGAACGAAAGCAGAAAUUGAUUUGGUUGCUCUGCGCAAGAAGACCAGAAAGCGCACCAGGAAAUUUGUUGUUGAUGGUGUAGUUGUGACAACAAGACAGGUAUUUUAUGAAGAUGAAGGAACUGCCACAGGACACUUUGCUCGAAAGCAAGAAUUAAGGGAACUUAAGAUUCUUCAAAAAAUUGAACAGAAACAGUUCCAGAAGUUAGCUGUUGAGGCAAACUUAGCCAAAGCUGAACAGGACAAGGAAUUUGAGAUGGAAAAGCAGCAGCUCCUACGAACUUACGAUGCAGAUAUUGAAGCUUUAAAUCGGCAGCAGAAGCAACAAGUGGAAAAAGCAGAGAGCUUACAAGAAGUGGAACUGAAGAAUGCAAGUAAGAAAAUAAGGGCUGAGCAAGAGCGUGAGUUGAAAUCUUUUAGAGAGUCUCUGAAGACAGAACUGAAACUCUUAAAACAAGAGAUUGAUCUUCUACCAAAAGAUAAGCGAAAGGACAUCUUCAAAACUCGCAAGGAACGUUUGGAUGUGGAUCAGAGUGAGAGAGAACAAGCAUUUUUAGAAAGGCUACAUGAAGCUCAUGAGACAUCUCUUAGAAGAUUAGGAGAUGAUCACCGUGAAAGAAUUGCCCUACUAGAGCGGCAGUUCCUACAACAGAAGCAUCAGCUCCUCAGGUCUAGAGAAUCAGCUCUCUGGGAAAUGGAAGAACGUCAUCUUCAUGGAAAACACCAGCUCUCCAAAAAACAACUUAAAGACAUAUUCUUCCUCCAGAGACAUCAGAUGCUUCUGCGCCAUGAAAAGGAAUUGGAACAAGUGAAAAGAGUUAAUCAACAAAAGGAAGAGGAACUUAUAAAGAGACAACAGGUUGAAAAGAGACAGUUGCCAAAAAGAAUUAGACAGGAAAUGAAAGCCCGUGAGCUUAUGUUCCGGGAGAGCAUGAGGAUCAGCACAUCCCACCUCCCUGAUUCCCAUGAGGAUGAGAAAAACAAGCUUAGAAAGUUCCAGGAAAAUGAGAAACGUAGGUAUGAAGCAGAGAAGAAACGUGCAGAACAGAAACAUCAACGAAAAUUAGAGGAACUUCAAGCAGCAUCAGAAUACACAGUUAAAGAAUUGGAACAAUUACAAAAUGAGAAAAGGAAAAUGCUAAUGGAACAUGAAACAAAUAAACUUAAGUCCCAAGAUGAAGAGUAUCAGAGAGAGUUGCGAGAAUGGAAGGAGAAUCUGAAACCACGCAAACAGAAAUUAGAGGAGGAAUUUGAGAGACAGCUGAAUGAACAGGAACAAUUUUAUGGAGCAUACCUGAAUCGAAGUCUUGGCUCAGCCCUAACGCCUUCACAGUCAACAUCCAGUCUUGCACGUUCAAAUGCAUCAUAGACUGUAUAUACGCCUGGUGAUCGCAAAAAUUUAACAGUACUUUGUGUCUCCAUCCAUUUUCAUGUAUAUUGCAUAUGUCUCAAGAUAGACAGGUAUUUUGCUGUUUUAGUGGCUUUUCUUACUGCCUUUCAUGAUUUAGUGCUAGAAGCAAACAAUUUUUUUUUUUUUUUUUUUUUUUUUUUCUCCAGUGUAGUGUAUAUUUCAUUUUUGAAUGCAGUAUAAUGAUGAAACUUGUACAUUCCUACACUCCAAGGAGUACAGCAGUCCCUCUAUGAUCAAAAUUAUUUCUAUCCAAAUGAUCCUGCAUCUUGCUAAGUUAAUUAAGAGAGUUUGUGUUUAAUGGCUUAUAAUAUGAAAUCCAUAGUGAUAUGUGCAUAAGUAUUUACCAAAAGUAAAGUAGUUUUCAUGAUACCUAAAAUUGCCAGUAUAAAAUUUACAGUAACAGUAAAUGACAUGACAGGUGUUAUUACCCUAUACAGAGAUGAACUAUGACACCACUCUCAAGGUCAAGUAUAUCAUUUAUUAUCUCUUUUAUUUGUUUAGAUUUAUUGUUUUAUAAAAAGUCUCCUGACCAUGAUGAUAAAUGUCUCUCAGCCAAGACAGAAAUUCAUUAAUUACAUAGGUUUUUUGGAAAGAUAAUGUGUGACGAACCACUUUAUUGGACAAUUCACAUUUUCCAUCAUGCUAUGGCUUCACUUCAUUAAUCCAAGGAUAUUCACAAUUGAAGGGGUUCUUACAUCAUUGAAAAGGGAUUGCUUCACAUGAUUAAUAUUCACAUCUUGGACAACAUGUAAAUUUGGCAUUAUUUUUACAUAAAAUAAAAAAAGAAAAAAAGAAGAGCUGCUAAAACAUUUUAAGAAUAAUUCAUGGAAAGCAUCUUAAACCCUAUUUUAUUUUAACUAAUUUAGGGAAGGACAAUCCAUAUCUAUAAUUUUACAUAAAAGGAUUUCCAAUAAGAUUUAUCCAAAGUCCUUUUAAUAUGAGGGAUGGUAAAGUAUAGAGUUCAUAUAUUCCUGUUAUAGUUGUUUGUGUAUUCAUUUAUAAUCUUUAUAGAUUAAUUAAUGAUGAAAGAAGAAUUUGAAAACUAUGUAAUAUUGUAUGCAAUUUGCAGUCUGAGAUAAAUUAUCUUCUACUAGUAACCAUGCUGAGCUGACUUCACAGUUCAAAAUGUAUAGUCCCUUCUCUCCCUAAUCUCCUCUGGCUGAGAGUCCUGUAUCUGAAAUGACUAGAACUUGAAGUGUUCCAAAUUUAAUAUUUUUCAAGUUUUGGAAUACAUAUCUUGACCAGUUACAUAAAAAAAAAUUUUAAAAAAGUUAAAAAUUCUACGUCAAAAUUAUAUACCCAAACAUUGUAGUUUCCUUUGAACCUGCUCAAAACACUUACACUAGCCAACAAUAAGGCAAAAUUAUUAAGCACAAAAUCAUUUUAUGUAACAAAGUGUUGAAAAUCUUUUUAUUUUGAGUACUGCAGAAGGUGAACAAUAGAGUGGCAGUAUUGGUUAAUGAAAAGACAUUUUGUCUUGGUCAGAAUAAUCAGUAGGCUAAGCAAUAUCCUAGUUCUGGGAUGUAUGUACACCAUGGUUUUGCUUUAUUUAAAUAAGGGGCACAUGUUAGGAAUGUUUGGUGAGAGAGAGAGAGAGAGAUACAUUCAGAGACUUAAGAAAGGGAGAUAAGAUGCACUCUCAACCUUAUCUGUGGUGACUUUGUGACUAAACAUACAACAUAUACUGUACUGCAUGAACUGAACAUAAGUUAUAUAUUUCUUAUGAUAUUUCUGGUAAUAUUAUAUAGUAAUGUUAUUUGUUAAAUUACUGCAUUGCUUUUGUGCUGUAUUGGCAUGAAAAUUUUGAAUAAAUCAUAGUUAUGUA